AUGCCAGCGGUUCCCAAUCAAGAAGAAAAUACAGAAUCUACAGAACAAGUUGAACUGGAACAAGAGAUCGGGAAAGAAACACUAAGUGAAGAACGCACAGUCACUGAAACUGGUGAAGCAACGCAAGAGGAGACAGGAAAGGGAGCCGAUCCUGAGUCUCAAUCUCAUGAAGGAAGAGUGACUACCUCUGUAAGUUCUGAUAACUCGGAUAGCCCACUAAUCACUCUUAAGCAGAAAUCAAAGGCGAAGAAGGCCCUUAAGAAACGGAAAGCUACCUCACACUCUGUGAAGGGGAUCUCACGGAAAACGUCACGGACUGCUCAGGGAGUAAGUACUGGAGGCACAUCUCAACCACUCAUGUCAACUACUGAGUCAGGUGAUAAAAGUGUCAAACCUUUCUCUGAAAAAUUCCUGUCCUCUGAAACCAAGAAACGGUUCGACAAAUUUAAAGGGGUAGAGGUGAUAGCCGAGAGGAAUGUGAAUGUUAUGGACUUUCGGAAGCAUGGAAUAUGUGACUUGUUUGAAGAGCGACAACUUACAGGAACCCUGACAUAUGCAUGCUCGUUUAGCAAAGUACUAGUGCGUGAAUUCUAUGCUAAUCUCACUCCAGCAACUGAAGUCUCUGGUGAUCCCAUGUAUCAUAAAGCAUAUGUGAGAGGGAGGUUUGUUGAAUUUUCUCCAGGGAUCAUCAACAGACUGCUUGGAACGCCUGAGAAUCUGGAUCAGGGGUUGGCGGCUUUCCCGGUUGGUGCAACACUAGAAGACAUGGAAGUGGCCCUCACAGGUGAAUAUGUAGCAGAACGAAAUGGGAAGAUGUGUAUUUCAGAUCUCAAAUUUGAGAGUCGGGUACUGCAAUUAGUUGGGAAAACUAAUUGGUUGCCUACACGACGAUCCGAUGUGAUUCAGGACGAACUUGCAAUGCUUAUCUUUAAGCUAUUGCGAAAGGAAGAGAUCAAUCUGGGCUGCAUUGUCUACAAUCACAUUCUCUCCCGAGCAGCUGAUUUGAGAGUUCGUUUUCUCCUACCUUAUCCAUGUCUCAUUCAGAGUCUGAUUGUACGGCAAAGUCCUGAAAUUUUGGCUGACUCAGAAGUUACAGAAGUAGUUCAACGCCCUCUGACCAUCGAAACUCGAAUUCAGCAAGCAAGACUGAGUAAAGCUCAACUAAGCAGCAGGACCUUCACUCAAUUGUUAAAGCAUGACCGUAUAUUGUUGCAAGUAGAACAGUCCUUGAGGAGGAACGUCAGGCUGCUCAGUCAAAUUCGAGCUCAGCAACAUGCACUUCGUGCAGAGUUUCAAAGGGGAGAGUCUGCAACUGCUUCCAACAAAGGAAAAGAGAAGGUAGUGGAAGAACACAGUGACGGUGAGGAUGACGAUGUUCGAAAGAACUCCGAAGAAGAAGAAGAACGCUUGUCAGAAUAG